UCAGGUUGGCAUUGACGGCGUUUUUUUAUGCUUGUUUCACUGUGGAAUCUUAGCGCAAAGAGUUCUUGCAUUCUUCACUGGCCAUGGCGGAAGGAGCCACGCACCGCAUUAUCGACACAAAUGGGAUUAAGAUGCAUAUCGCGGAGAUGGGGUCAGGAGGGCCGACUGUGCUGCUGCUCCAUGGCUUCCCUGAGACGUGGUAUACAUGGAGGUUCCAACUCAAGGCGCUGGCGGACGCUGGAUUCCACGCCGUUGCUCCAGACUUGCGAGGCUUUGGGCUCACCGAGUGUCCCAAGGAUUCAUCCGGCAACUUGAAGCUCUCGCCCCUGGAUCUCCUGGGAGACAUUGUGGGUCUCGUCUAUGCCCUUGGAGAAGACCCAGUGUUCGUUGUUGGUCAUGACAUUGGAGCAUUCAUCGGCUGGAACAUGUGUCGCAUGAGGCCGGAUCUAGUGAGAGCCUAUGCCUCUCUUGGAGUUCCCUUCACGGGAGCCGGAGGAGCUCCACCUUUUGGAUUUCCCACGGAAGAAGGAUUCUACGUGAAUCGCUUUGCUGUGCCUGGGCGAGCCGAGAAAGACUUUGGUCGAUUCGACACGGCCACCGUGCUCAAGAACAUUUACACGCUUUUUUGCCGGUCCGAGCUCCAGAUCGCCGGGCCUGACGAGGAGAUCAUGGAUUUGGUCACCACCUCGGACACCACCCCGAGUUGGCUCACCGAGGAGUUUAUCAAAGUCCAGUCGGAGCUCUACGAGAAGUCCGGUUUCGAAGGCCCGUUGUGCUUCACGUAUCGCAAUCUCAUGAGGACGUUUGAGCUCUUGGCUCCCUGGAUCAACAUGCCAGUGACGAGCCGCUGCCUCUACAUCACUGGCAAAGACGACUACGUGCGCAAGGUCCCGGGCCUGGACGAGUACGUGACCGGCGGUGGAAUGAAGCGAGACGUUCCCAACCUUGUCGAUGUCGCUGUUGUUCCCGGCGGCCAUUUCGUGGAGGAAGAUUCGCCCGAGGAAGUGAACUCCUUGCUCAUACACUUCUUCAAAGAGUAAAGCAUCGCCAUUGCCAAUCCGGACAUUUAACAAUAAAUAUUUUGGUCUACUGACUGUCUAA